AUGGAGUACGUCUUUGGCAGCGCACCAUCGCUGUCGUUGCAGCUAACGACAGCGCUGCCCCAGGGAAACCAAGGCUAUGAAGAGUUUGUGCGAAAGGGUUCCUGUCGGAAAUGUGGAGUGACUGCCUAUGGGAAACGGAAAUGUGAACGUUGCGCCCGCAAAUUCUGUGCUACAUGUGCUCCCUCCUCUCUGCAAAAAUACGGACCUGAACGAUGGGAAGAAUGCUGUAUAGGCUGUGAGCCAUGUUUAGUAGUGGUGCUGGAGGAAUCCGAGCCAAUUUUGGAAUUGGAGCCAGAAUCAGAAGAUGUCGUCUUUUUUCCGCCCGCCGCCGACCUGCCUCAGAGCACUACUAGUCACAGCCCGGCCAAGCGUGGAGGAGACGUAGGUCCCCUUCAUGUCCCAUUUUCGGCCACAUUUGCCACGGACGACGACGAUGAUAUACUACUCCAACAAUACAGGUGUCAAAAGGGCAUGUCACUGCUGCGCGAUUCCGAUACGGACGAUGUCACAGAGAGCGAAACAGAAGAAGGAGAAGUCUUGUCGUUGUGUGGAACAUUUCUACCCUUUGCUCGCUUGACGGAAUCACCGCAUGAUGAUAAUGACACUGAGGAGGAGGAAGAAGAGCACCGUCAACAACCAGAACCAGAACUACCGGUACUGCUGCCACCAUCCCCCCGAACGCCCACAACCCCCAAGCGAACCAGCCGGAUAUUUGACCAUGCCAAUUUCGUUCUAGAACCACCCAUUACACCGCAUGCUGGGUGUUGUACAGCUUGUCAAACUUUUUCAACGAACAAACGACCUUGUUCCAAUUGCGGCACCAAAUACUGUCACGAAACGACCUGUUUAUCCUUUCUCUAUGAAGAUGGAACCUGUGCCAAGUGUCGACCAUCUCCCAGAGAAAUUUUUAGAAAUUACAAGGGCGAACAUGACAUGGGAUGUUGUACCGUUUGUCGGCAAUUUGCCAGGGGAAAACGACCCUGUGAAACCUGUGGCGCCAAGUUCUGUGGUGAAGUCGCCUGUCAGGCCCAUUUGUUUACCAAUGGGACGUGUGUCGUAUGCCAUGGAGAACAAUAA